AUGAUCUCAGUCUCCUCCGUCGUUUUUACUCUGCUGCUGUUUUCUCAGCUGAACAGACCCUUGGUAACUGUAGCUUCACCUUUGACGAAAGUAGAAGAUGGUGUAAUAGAGCAAGAGGGCCUGAGUUCCUUUCUGGGAGACGAACCCAUGAUCGAGCAGGCCAUGAUCCCGCCUGUGUACAGAGGAAGCCUUAUGCUGGACAACAGCAUCAGGGAUGAAGAGGGGAACCCUAAGAUCUUCAUCAUCUCGGACAUGAGGCAGAAGGGACACGGGAUUCGGGGGCUGAACUCUGGCCUCACCCGGAGCCUUCCUCUCCUCCAAGACCACAAGUUGAGCCACACUCCGGCUGAGUACAGUUUCAAAAUGGAUCGAAGAGACACCGACUUCAACAUGCUGCGGUGUAUGAUAGGACGAGUGUACCGACCCUGCUGGGAUUCUUCCAAAGGAACCUGA